GUCGUUUGGGAGCCUCGAGGGUUCUGGACUUUCCGGAAACUGUUCUUUGUUGAUCUUUCUUAGUGCAACGUAACUGCCGAUCGUUCGACAUUUCUUGGCAGUUAAGAUUUUGGUGGUGAUAUUCGCAUUACGCGCGAUACAAUCGAAUUCGCUGUGGGUUUUGAUUUUUGAUUUUUACGUGAUUCGAUGUUGUGAAGUUUGGGUUUUGCAUCGCGAUUGUUUUUCCCCUUUGUUAAUUAAUUCUCGCCUGAACCCUAGAGGGGGAUGGAUGCUGGAGGUCCCGACGGAGGAGAUUCCAGCGCGCCGCCUGCGCCUGAUAGGGCUGGGACGAGGGACGAGCGUACUGGAAUUCCUCAGUUGUUUACGUCAGUGCCUGCUCUGAACGACGCAGCUUCUAUUCUGGCUGAAACGACGUCGAUCUUCACUCGAUGCUUCACCGACAUUUCGAUACGACCUCUUAUUGAAGAUGGUGAUGGACAGGAAAUGGUGGCAUUUGUUUCAGAAGAGCCUCGACAGAUUCCAUAUAACAUGAAUGUGUCUUCAAGUGCAAGCGAUUCAUCCUUCUCGGAAUCAACCGAUAUCCAAGUUGAAGCGCCAGUACUACAAGGAGGAAUAACCAGGAGCUCUGCAGGAGAGUCUUCCCAAACGUCUAACGCGCUUGUGCAAUCUAACGACACCAACCAAAAUGGCAUUUCAAUUUUUCAAGGCCUCAUAGAAAGGGUGAGGAAGACAGUUCGCGGCUCUGCUGAUGACAUUGGAUGGCUACAACGAGAUCCCAACAUGCCGCCAGUCGAAGAUGGAACCGAGAGAUACGAAGAAAUACUUGAUGACAUAAGACACGGUCUUCACAGGUUGCCUAAUACGAUGGUCUACUUGUUAGUGCCAGGUCUUUUCAGCAAUCACGGACCUCUUUAUUUUGUGGAUACGAAAACAAGUUUCUCGAAGAUGGGUCUCACAUGUCAUAUAGCCAAAAUUCACAGCGAGGCUUCGGUGGAAAAGAAUGCGAGAGAGAUAAAGGAGUACAUUGAGGAAAUAUAUUGGGGUUCGAAAAAACGAGUCUUGCUUCUCGGCCAUAGUAAAGGGGGUAUCGAUUCUGCAGCUGCUUUGUCCAUGUACUGGGAUGACCUGAAAGAUAAGGUUGCCGGGUUGGCAUUGGCGCAGAGCCCGUAUGGCGGCAGCCCGAUCGCUUCCGAUAUAUUGCGCGAAGGUCAGCUCGGCGACUAUGUUAACAUCCGGAAACUUAUGGAGAUUCUGAUCUGUAAAGUGAUCAAGGGCGAUUUGCAGGCCCUGGAAGAUCUGACGUACGAAAGAAGGAAAGAGCUGCUGCGGAAGUACCGGCUACCACGGGAGCUCCCGGUGGUCUCGUUCCACACGGAGGCGGGCAUCUCCCCGGCGGUGCUGGCCACGUUGUCGCGGGUGGCUCAUGCGGAGAUGCCGGCUUUUUCGUUGGGGCAAGGGGCGACGGUGCCGGUGGUGAUCCCGCUGGGGGCGGCGAUGGCCGCAUGCGCCCAGCUGCUCCAGAUGAGGUACGGCGAGAAGAGCGACGGGCUCGUGACAUGCCGGGACGCGGAGGUCCCGGGGUCGGUGGUGGUGCGGCCGAAGCGGCGGAAGCUGGAUCACGCGUGGAUGGUGUAUUCGUCGAUAAACGACGACCCGGCGGAGCCCAACGCCGCGCAGGUGUGCGAGGCGCUGCUGAGUUUGGUGGUCGAGUUUGGGCAGAAGAAGAGGCAUCUAGAAUAUGCAGGCAAGGAUGAAUGAAUGAAUUUUUAGCAUAAUAUAAAAAAUAGAAAACAUAUAUUUUCUGUCUUCGUUAAAUUUGUUUUCACUUUUUUAAUACGUCGUUUAAAUUUACAUUAUUACUAAUUUUGAUAAGUUAGUAUAUAUUUAAUUAUUAUUUUCAAUUCAAUAUUUAUUUACGUCAAA